UAUAUUGAAUUCAAUUUUUGAUUUCUCUACUUUUGAGUCGUUUCGUUAUGACUUCGUGUUGGUCGUAAUAUUGUUCUGUGUUAAUAAUUUGUGUUUACGUUACCUAAUAAUAUACAUACGUCAAGUAUUUUCUGUUUGACAUACUAUAUUAUAAAGUAUUUAUUUAAAUCCAUUAACGAUAUUCAAAAUAAUCAUUGAAAUGAGAAUGGUUAAUAUUUUCUUUUUAUAAAAGUUUAAAACCCUUUAUGAUUAUAUCAGUAUUUUGAAACAUUCUAUUUCAAUAGAACAAUUUGGUUAAAUUCAUGUGAUCCGAUUCUCAAUUUUUCUAGUACUUUCACUAAGAAGUAACUAAAAGCAAUAAUCAUAAAUUUUCUUCAAUAAGGUAUCAUAAGAAAUAAAUAUUAUGACCGACUUAGAAAAUGUGGUUGACCGCUACUUUAAAAAUUAUGAUCAUAUUAUGAAACAAUUACCUCCAGAUGGACAAAGACAAGCUAGUCGUUAUUAUGAAAUUGAUUAUCGUCACUCACAUAUUAUAAAAAAAUUGACAAAUUUUACUAAAAACACUAAAGAAUUUACAUCUUUAGAUGAACAACGUAUGAAGAAAUUGUUGGUAGAGUCAUUACACUUGGCGGAUAAAAAAAUUCACAUUUCGGAAUGUGUAUUGGACAUGGUUGAAAAAGACAUGGUUACAUUAAAUACAAAUUUUAAAGAAUUUGAAAUGUCAACUUUAUCAUGUAUAAAUAAAUCUAAUAAAAAUACGAAAAGAUCGUUAAAAUUUUCAUCUGAUAAUAAGAAAAUUGAUGAUAAUUCUCAUAAGCGUCCAAAAAGGAAUAUAACAAAAACAACCACCACAACAUCAAACAAAAGUGUAGAAAAUAAUGCAAAUUUGGAUAGAAAAUCAAGCACUAAUAAAAAUAAAAAUAACACCACAUCAAACAAAAAGUAUAAAGCAGGGUCAUCCAAAGAUACAAAUGUAGUUCCAGAAUCUGUAAAUUCUGAUAGUGAUGAUGAAUUACAACCAACUUACUGUAUUUGUGAAAAAAUAUCUUAUGGUGAAAUGGUCUGUUGUGACAAUGAUUUAUGUCCAAUUGAGUGGUUUCAUUUUGGCUGUGUAUCUAUAAGAAAAAAACCCAAAGGAAAAUGGUAUUGUCCACAGUGCAGAGGAACUAACUCCAAAACUAUGAAGCCUAAAGAAAUAGUUGUUAAAAAACUUGAAGAAUAUAAUAAACGUAAAGAAGAAAAUUGGUAAAUGAUACAACUUAUUUAAAGAUUAUAAUAUAUUUAAUUUAACGCUAAAUCUUUAAAUGAAAAAAAAAUUAUACAUUAUGUGUCAUAUCUCUAAGCAAAUUCAAGUAUAAUGAAUGAUAUUAUUUGUGUUAAUUAAUAAUAAUACUACAUAAUAUAGGAUAAGAUCUUUUGAUUUUUCCGCACAACUAAAUGGAAAAACAUAGUUGAUCAUCCUAAUGUACUUUAUUUAAUAAUUUUAAACAAAAAUACAAUUUGUUUGUUCAAGUACAAAAUUAUACAUUAAAAUUUAAAAUUGACCCAUAUUGAAUAAGUUAUUAUAUAGUAGUAUAAGUAUUAAAUAAUCAUAUAGUGUAUAUUAUAGUCAUGUACAUGGUGAUUAUUUUUUUAUAAUAGUUUAAAACCCAAAAGUAUUAUAUAUAAGUAAAUAAGAAGAUCUUAAAAUUUAUUUUAUUUUAUGUAAUAAUUAAUAUUUAUUAAUUUAAAAUGUCAAAUAAUCUUUCAAUAUUUGUAUUAAAUAUAUUAUUCUGG